GCGGCCACGGUCACCCGGAGGUGAGUGAGGAGGAUGUCUCACCGAAAGUUUGAGCACCCAAGGCAUGGGUCGCUUGGGUUUCUUCCACGGAAGCGAGCGUCUCGUCACCGUGGAAAAGUGAAGUCCUUUCCCAGAGAUGACCCAACUAAAUCCUGCAGGCUGACCGCAUUCCUUGGUUACAAGUCUGGAAUGACUCACAUUGUACGUGAGGUCGACAAACCAGGGUCAAAGCUCCACAAGAAGGAGACAUGUGAGGCUGUGACCAUAGUAGAAACUCCACCAAUGGUUGUUGUUGGUGUUGUUGCUUAUGUGAAGACUCCACGGGGUCUUCGGUCUCUUAAUACUGUAUGGGCUCAGCAUCUCAGUGAGGAAGUAAGGAGGAGAUUCUACAAGAGCUGGUACAAAAGCAAGAAGAAGGCUUUUACGAAGUACUCUAAGAAAUAUGAAAGUGAGGAGGGAAAGAAAGAGAUUCAGACACAGCUGGAAAAGAUGAAGAAAUAUGCAUCUGUUAUCCGUGUUCUGGCCCACACUCAGAUAAGGAAGAUGAAGGGUCUGAAACAGAAAAAAGCUCACCUGAUGGAGAUCCAGGUUAAUGGAGGGACUGUGGCGCAGAAAGUGGAUUAUGCAUACAGCUUCUUUGAAAAGCAAAUCCCCAUUGAUGCUGUAUUUCAGAAAGAUGAGAUGAUCGAUGUUAUUGGUGUCACCAAAGGUAAGGGUUACGAAGGUGUGGUGACUCGUUGGGGUGUCACCCGCCUCCCGCGCAAGACACAUAGGGGACUGCGCAAGGUUGCCUGUAUCGGUGCAUGGCAUCCUGCCAGGGUAUCCUACACUGUAGCCCGUGCUGGACAGAAUGGCUACCACCACCGUACUGAAAUGAACAAAAAGAUAUACAAAAUUGGUAAAGCUGGAGAUGAGUCACACACUGCUGUUACAGAGUUUGACAGAACGGAGAAAGAUAUUACGCCCAUGGGUGGAUUCCCGCACUAUGGUAUUGUGAAAGAUGACUAUCUCAUGAUCAAGGGUUGCUGUGUGGGGCCGAAAAAGAGGGUCGUUACGCUUCGUCAAUCCCUACUGAAGCAAACCUCCCGCGUGGCCCUCGAGGAGAUCAAGCUGAAGUUCAUCGAUACUUCUUCCAAGUUCGGACAUGGGCGCUUCCAGACUACUCAGGAGAAGCAGAAAUUCUAUGGUAGGCUGAAGGUGUGAUUUUUGCACACCUUUUGGGGUGUCCAUAGAUGAGCCAGAACAAAUCGAAUAAUCCCCUCCCACCUGUAGGUUGGUUGUCCUCAUGCUCAUUACUCGAUAAUUUUUAUGCUUCCUUUGAAACCUCAAAGAGGAGGCUAUUCCUGACGAUCUAGUCUUGGACUUCUUAGAUUUGUUGCCAUGAUGAAACUAAAUUGUUCGUUUCG